CUGCUUCCAUUUCACACCAGGACAACCAGAGGAGUUCUUGCUUCAACAGUGUUUGAACGGAAUUUCUUUCUUCGUCCCGCUUGUUAUUAUCUCAACUAGUCUACAUUCCGGACAAACCUCUACUCUACUUGAACACUACUGAAGAAAAGUCGACGUUAAGCUUUAUUUUUUUACCGUUUUUGUUAAGAAAACCAGAGAAGAAACGUCCAGUCAAGAUGGAGUCUCAGGUGCGUCAGAACUACCACCGCGACUGCGAGGCCGCCGUCAACCGCAUGGUCAACAUGGAGCUGUUCGCCUCCUACACCUACACCUCCAUGGCCUUUUACUUCUCCCGUGACGAUGUGGCCCUCAAAGGCUUCUCCCACUUCUUCAAGGAGAACAGUGACGAGGAGAGGGAGCACGCUCAGAAGCUGCUGUCCUUCCAGAACAACAGGGGAGGACGCAUCUGCCUCCAGGACGUCAAGAAACCGGAGCGUGAUGAGUGGGGGAGCGGGCUGGACGCCAUGAAGUGCGCCCUGCAGCUGGAGAAGAAUGUCAACCAGUCUCUGCUGGACCUGCACAAACUGGCCUCAGAGCAUGUGGACCCUCAUAUGUGUGACUUCCUGGAGACCCACUACCUGAACGAGCAGGUGGAGGCCAUCAAGAAGCUGGGAGACCACAUUUCCAACCUCACCCGCAUGGGAGACAACAAGAUGGCGGAGUACCUGUUUGACAAGCACACCCUGGAGGGCAAGAGCUAAACGCAAAGUCCCGGGAUUGAGCCUGGAGUGAAAAUGUUUAUGAACACAGGCUUUGAAACUAAACACGUCCUUCUGCUCCAGUUGUUCAUUCACUGAGCGUAAAUUCAUAUCUAAUCUGCUUAACACAUAAAGUUGACGUGUUCUCGUAUGUUCUGGUGGUGUCGCUGUUUUUUUAAAUGUCAUGUGGAAGGAUGGAUAUUUAUCAGGUUAUGGCUUUGCCCGCUUUACCUAUAAGCCUCCUCUUGUGUGACAUUUCUAAAGAUUGUGACUGAAUGUUUCUGAUCUGUUCGUAAUCUGAAUAAACAUUUUGAGCUGGA